UGUAAUCUAGAUGUAGGUUCUGGGUUAUUUCCUUUCCCUUUUUUUUUGCAUAUGUCACCUGGAUAUACCUGGGGAUGCCAAGAAAUGGACUGAUCUUGCGAUGAUGGACUUCAAUAAUGAAUGGAAACUUCUUCCAUGUUCAAAAAUGACAAAGAAUGAUGAGAAGGGUCAAGUUUUAUUUGCUUUGACUGCACUUAUUUUACCUCCUGCUUUGCUUUAAGUGAAAAUCCUUCCUUUAUGUUACUGCUUGUUUCUCCCUAUUUGUUGCUGUUGAUUCCCGUGGAACUUUGUAAUUACAGUAGACCAUCAUGGCACAGUCACAAAAAUGCCCAUGCCUGUAGCUCAAAAAUCUGUCAAUUUUUUUGUUUUGCUUGGGCUGAAACAGUUUUAGCCCAAAGGUUUCAAGAAUCGGCUCAGUGAGUCUUUUAAGAUACAAUACGAUGAGAAAAGCCUGUGGGAACACGGUGAGCACACGCACCAACUGUAUGACUGGAUCUACGUGGAAAUGAAUCCUCCAAUAGCCGGCAUAUCACCAGUCUCCUUUCCCCCUGGCUUCCAUGCACACAAAUUGUUCAUCUGAAUGGACAAAAAAAUGUCUCUUUUCUCAGGCUGUCAUAAACAAAGUUAUACACCUUACCUUUACUUAUAUUGGAAGUAUGAAUCUUAUGUUUUAAGGCUGUUUCCAACAUGUAGUUACAUUAAAAUAGAUACGACCCCCUAUUUCAAGAAACAACUGUAUUUGAAAGUAUUGUUUUAUAAAUGGAAAAAACACACUGCCAUUUGUUGUAUUGAAAUCUAAGCCAAUAAAGCUUUAAAUUGCCAUGAACCAUGAACACUGGUCCUCUGCCAUCCCAAAGUUACCCUCAGCCUCUUUUCUAAUAUUUUGUUCCCACUUGAUGUGGACUUUUGUGGAUGUUAGCACAGGGUGGGAAAUGAUCCUAGGACUGAAAUACAAACCUAAAAUCUUCAUCAGAAGUCUUCAUUUAACUUUACUGUAAUAAUGCUGUAAAAUACUCACACCACUGUCGCCCGUUGGAAUUUUUCUGAAAGUUUUCUCAACUGAAAAAUAAUUCAGUUGAAUCAAGACAGGCUAUGACUUCACUUUACUUAGAUUUUUUUUAUUCUAAAUAAAACCAAUACUUAAAAUAUUUAUAUAAGAAAAGUUCCCAUACAAAAGAAUGAUAAUCUUUAAGUUGCCACUUGUAUAGCAGGAAACAUGAGUAAAUGAAGUACAAGUUGUAGAAAAACGUCUUGAGGUAUUUGUGUUGCUUUGAAUUCAUUCCCGGUUUGAAUAUGGGGCGUAUAUUGAUGAUGAAUUCACAGUGUUCGGCUGAAUCAGGAUGUCACUUUUACCAUCACAUCACAUUUUCGGGGAUUUUUAAAUUUAAUGUUCAAGUGACCAUCUGGUAAUGACAUUUCCAUGAUCUUUAAGAGCCUUAAGCUGGAAGAUAGUUCUUAAAUUAAUUGUACAAGUGGAAAGUAGUUCAUGCCGUUAGUUUUUCUAUUUCAGUUUCAAGCAUUCGGCAUCCUGGAAUGAGUGAAUCCUUAUUAGUGCAGACAGAGCGCUUGCAUAGAUUUUUAUAAAAUUAAGUAAUGACACACUUGGAUGCCGAUGAGUGUGAUGCCAUUUACCCUACAAAACAAUAUGAACUAAAGGGCAACUGGCUUCAGCUUGAUACUGGUGCUUGACAAUGUGAUAAUGUUUUUGGAUGGUAAAAACAGCAGGGAACCUAAACUGCCUUUUAAAAAAGGUGUGGGGAUGUCCUCCCCAAAUUACUUCUGUGAUUAUUUACCAAAAGCAGUUUAUCAUUCCAAACCAUUGAAAAGCAAGACAGAUAUGUUAUACUACUCAGAGUAUUGCAUUCCUUUCAGAAACUGAUGCUGAUUCUUCAGGUCUGAACUUGAUGAAUCAGCAGGUUCAGAUGGUCAGUCUGCUCUGACUUCUGCUUCUUCAGCAGCUUUCAGCUGACCUGUUGAAGUCCCACCAUUCAUGCAGUACAUGUUAAUUUUGCAAGUCCAUAGUUGUGUCAAAAAACAUUUGCAAUGAGUGCUGAAAACAUUACACUACAGAAGGCUCCAGUCUAAGAUUUACUGCAUUGUGGUGAAGGGAAACAUCCACAAUUGCACUCUUUUAUGGUUUUCCCUUACUUUAUCUCAGAAAACUAUGUCCCCAAACUCUUUUUUCUUAAUCAAUCAGGGGUUUCCUCCUUUGAGUUUGCAUUUCCAUCUAUGAAGUUUGAUACCUUCUGCAAUAUUUUCCCUUUUCUUCUGUAAAAACUAAAACUGAAAUUCCAUACGUAUACCUUACAAUCUCCUUUGUAUUUAUUUGUUUAGUUUUCUACAACUCCUACCCAGAUUUUCUGUUCUGCAUUUCUCCGCUUUAGUCCUGUUUGAUCUUGUUUUUUGUGACCCGUUGGAUCAUUUUGUGUGUUUUGCUGUGAACAUCUCAACUCUGCCUGGACUUUAGUUUCUUCCCAGGUUGUUUGUGGUUUGUGACAUUUCACUUCAACAGAGGACCCAAACUGAAUCUAAAUAGUUAGAAAAAAAAAAAAACUAGAAAUGAGCACUUGGGAUCUCAGCAGGGGCAGUAAGGUUUUAAAAAUAGAGAGAUAAAAAACUUAAUCAAAACUUGAAGUCUGCACAAUAACCACAAAGAUUUCCAUGACAAUUGUAGAUUGUGAUUUAUUUAUUCUCAAAUUGAGAAUAAAAUUUCACAUCUUGGUCUAUUCUCAACAACUUUCUUCUGCAGGGUUCAACUCCAUCUUUGUAGAAUAAAGACAUGUUCACCAAUGUCUACAGUAGAAAUGGUGUGUGUAUGUCAAUCUGUGCAGAAAUGGUACAGCAGUCAUGUGACAUCUGUUCAGGCAGUAACAUGUUUAAGCUAUAGUGGACUGACACAAGUACAGAAAUAUUCUUUUCUUUUUUUUGUCCAUGCGUGUAUCAGCAGCAAAGUGACAGGUAAAUGGAAGCAUGUAGACUCACACAGAUGAAGAUGCAUAACUAAAAGAAAUGAGACUGUAUAGUAAAGGCAAAUUUACAACAUUUAAAAUUGACUGUACAGUUGAAGAAAUUCAAAGAAAUAUGCAACUGAGUAAGAUAAUUUUAAAAAAGUGGAUAAAAAUCAAUAUAUGGAUGCAAAUCAAUAGAGUGCUGGUCUUAUUACAGAAUAUACAUAAAGUCUGAUCUGAAAGUAUUUACACCCCAUAAAUACAGAUUUGAAUAUCGUUUUCAUUGUUGAAACUCAACACAACUCAAAAUACACACACAAAAUAAUGCACAAUGGCAAAGACAAACAUAUUUUAGAUAUUUUUUAUACAUUUGUAAAAAGAAAAACGGUAAAAGUAUACCCUUUUUUUAAGUACUUAAAAUUGAGGUCAGGUGCAUCUUAAUUCCACUAAUCCUUAAGAUCCUCCUGCAGAGUUCACCUGAGGUAAAUUGAGCUGACUGAGCAUGAGUUAGAAAUAAAUCCUCUUGUUGCUUUAAUUUUGCAGAAACAUCUGUAAUAGAUUGUUAGAACAGAUAUACAAGAGUCUCAGGUCUGAUAAAGGCAAAGUAGAUCUUUUUUAGGCUUAUAUUCCAAGCUUUAUGUAUUGAGAAAAAGCAGCCACUGCUCAGGACCUGACUAACACCAUCACUAUAAAGUAUGGUGGUGGCAGCAUGAUGCUGUGGGUAUGAACCUCUCCUCCGGGCAACUUGUCAUUAAAGUGGCAAAGGACAAAUACAGAGACAUUUCUCAAGAAAACAUAUAUGACAGCUUGUAAAGAAAAUAGUAGAAAAUUUUCCAAAACCGUGUAGGGCUUGUAGAGACAUACAAGCCAAAUGAUUUACAGAACAGCUACAGUGCUAAGACGUGAUGCAAGAAAGUAGUCUCUCUUUAAACAAUGUUCACACUCAGCCACCACUUAGUUGCAGUUUAUAUUUUACGGUGAGCAAAUCAUCAGACGUAAGCUUGCUAAAUAGUGUGCAAUCUUUCCCCACAGGAGACAUUAGAAAAGCAUCUAGUGUCUUUGAAAAAACAAAGGGAUGCUGUGAAACACAGACUGAAGAAACUGGCAGCCCGUCAGUCAGAAAUCACUAAAAAGUCUGCAGCGAUAAGAGAGAAUGUAGCGAUGAAAUAUAAGGAGAUCCAGAUGGUUCUGGAGGAGGACCUGCGGCUCACCUUGUCCCACCUUGAGAUGGAGGAGAGGGCUGCCGUCUCUGCCUUGGAUGGACUGAUGGAGAGAAACUGUGCUCUGAUCCAGGAAAUAGAGCAGGACUUGGCCAGACUUUCUUUAGUUUUGGAGCACAGUGACACAGAGCCUGAUUCUAUGUCGUUUGUUUUACAUGCUGAACUGGACGACACAGAGACAGCAGACAGAGUGUUGGAUGUCCUCAACCAAUCAGAUCCCAGCAGUGUGAGCCUCGAUGAAGCUAAAGCUAACCAGAUCCUCAGCCUCACCAAUAGCAUGCUGCUCCUUGUCUGCUCGCAGACCCCGUUAAUGAAGAAGCUCCUGAAAAGCUAUUCCAGUGAGGUGCACCUGGACCCAGAGACGGCCCACCCAAAGUUGGUCAUCUCCCCUAAAUGUGACAGCGUCUCCUACACAGACGCCUGGCAGAAACUCCCUGACCAACCGGGACGGUUCGACACCACCCUCAAUGUCAUCAGUCUGCAGGGCUUCAGCUUUGGCCGCCAUUACUGGGAAAUCGAUGUGACUGGGAAGACAUACUGGGAGCUUGGUGUUACCUAUCCCUCCAUUCCUCGCAAAGGUAUAUCUGAGGAGUGCUGGCUGGGUCGGGGUGCCGUGUCCUGGUGUGUGGAGUUCUUCGAUGGGGAAUACACGGCCUGGCAUGGAGGGGUGCCUCACCAGCUGCCUUUUACAAAACAUUUCUGUCGAAUUGGUGUUUUGUGCAGCUUCCCUGGCGGGCUGGUGACAUUUCUAGAGGCGGACAAAAUGACGCCACUGUUCUCAUUCUGUGCUGGAACCUUCUCUGAGUGCCUCCACCUGGCCCUGUGUCCUGGUCACAACCACAGGGGCGCCAAUUCAAGUGCUAUUGUAAUCUGUAAUGCAUCGUCUCCUACGAGUGACCUGUAGCUGAAUAAGAAUGCACACUAAGAACAUGACUUACAAAAAUGCAGGGCUGGCACAAGAUUUUUUAGGGACCCUGAGCAGAAUAGGAUUUGGGGUCCCAUUUCCAUUUUAGCCCACCAAUCACAACAGCACCAAUCAUGUGUCCUGUUCAAACGUAACUUAUUUGAUGUUUUGCGUUUGGUUUCAUUGCUACCUUGUAAGACAAUUAAAUGGAUAAUAAAUUUCUUG